AUGGACACUGUUAAGACAGUGGAUGGCCAGUCUCAACGGAAGCUGUCCUCCCUUGCAUUUGAAGAGGUAUCGGAACAACAAAGACUGAGAGGUAACAGCACAGCAAAAGAAGGUAGACAAGUGAAGUGGCGGUCAUCGUUCCCAUUUUAAUGAGACCACAAAUGAUUUUUAGAGUCCAUUCUAGUCGCCUAGGACCCGAUGGCUGGGUACGUCGAGCACGUGAUGUGUUGUGCAUGUCAAAUCAAGGAACAAGUCCCAAAACUGUGCAGUCUGUAAUGAAUUUCUUAACGGUUGAUUCUGAUUUUUAUUGCUCUGACUGUGUGGAGGCGAACCGACAGUGUGCUGAGUUUCUUCGUGUGUGUUGAACAUUGGAGGCCAUUAACUGUAUCGUAAAUAGCCUGCGUAGCAAGCGUUUCCGCGCGAGUUCGUCUAGAAAAGUUGGGAGGAGAGCAAAAUUCCACCUUUUUUUUUUGCUCCCGCUCUAACUUUCGCGUAAUAACUCGAUCGGAAACGCUUGUUACGCAGACUAUAUGGUAAAGUGUGACUUGGUUGCCUUGAUCUGCAGGCCAAACUUAUUUACUACAAGACCGACAGACCAUUGACAGGGCUGCAAAUUGGGAAACCAAUACGUCUUCAGCCAGUAAACCCCAACAAAUCUAA